ACGUCUCUCAGAACCCAGACUCACCAAAUAGUAACGUUGUUUCUGAAAACAGCACUGAGAAAAUGGAAGAAAAUACCGAUUCUGAAACUAAGACUCUGAAGAUAGUGAUCAUUGAUGCAGGAUCCCGUGAGAUGAGGAUUGGAGUCUGGGGACAAGGGACUCCCAAAGAUGUUUUCCCAAAUGCUGUUGGUAAACUUAAAAAGAUGUUUGCAAGAACAGGAAUGAACCUUAAAAAUAUAUUUUUUGGAGAGGAAGCUGAAGAAAAAAUGAAAAUGUGCGAUAUAUGUUACCCUGUCAAAAAUGGCCGAAUCACAAUAUUUGAUGCUUUAGAAAAAGUCUUGACUUACACAUUUCAAAGAAAUUUAGAAACAAAUGUGUCAGAGUAUAAAAUCGUCAUGAAGGCAGAAAAAGAAGACAGAGAUGAACUGCUGCAUUUACUUUUUAAGACAUACAAUCCACAAGCAAUUUUACUAGCAAAUCAAGCUUCCCUUUCUUUGUUUGCUGUUGGAUGUUCAACAGGAUUAGUUGUCAAUAUCGGAGAGGGCACUUCACAAGUUGUUCCGAUAAUUGAGAACCGCAUAAUGCAAAAUGCUGUCGUCGAAAACUUAGGAUUUAAUGGUCAAAGCCUGACAGAAAAACUAUUGACCAUGCUAGAGAUCGAUGACACACCGUCAGGACACAAAUGUGCAAGGGAGGUCAAAGAAAAAUAUUGCUUUGUCGCAAUUGACCCUAAAGCAGAGAUUGAGAAUGUUCUGUCUGACCAAGUAGAACUAUCGGAUGGUCGAGAAAUAAAAAUAAAAUCCGAGAAAUUUCAGUGCCCAGAGGUACUUUUUGAAGAGUUCCGUAUUCAUGAAGUUAUCGUCAAAGCCAUAAAAAAUUGCGAGGAGGACAAGCAAAAAGAAUUAUAUAAGAAGAUAGUCCUUGCUGGGGGGUCGACAAUGCUUAAGGGAUUUCCUGAACGAUUGGAAAAAGAAAUUAAAUCACUAGUUGCGGACGACACAGAGAUAAAUAUCAUUGCUCAGUCUGAUAGAAUGCAUUUUGCCUGGAAGGGUGGGUUGAACGUUGCCAUUAAGAACCUAUUCCCUGACAACUGGAUCACCAGAGAAGAUUAUGAAAAAAAUGAAGCUGAAAUUUUUCACUCAAAAUAUAUCUGAUAUUAAACCUUGAAACUAAGAUGAUUGGUUUCACUUGAUGAAUCAUUUGAACUUGCUAUCAUAUAAAUCCUUAUACCAGUUUGAGUUUGGCAAAAUGCCACAAUAUGACUCUCUACAAGGAAACCUACUUGAUUCAUAUUAAUCAGCUGAGUUAAUGAACUAAAUUGUAUUUAUGAUAUGGAAGAAAUUGCUUAUUUCAUGAUUUUUUGAUGAUCAUUGUUUAGAUGUAGUCCGGGUAUAAAGCUCAUGAAAAGCAUAUUAAUGUGCUAACGUGAGACUUAAUUAUUUUAAAUAUGAGACUUGGAAUUAUUUGAGAUAAACAAAAUGUUUCUUCAAAGAGGUCUUCUACAUGUAUUUUUUUUCAAAUUCCAUUACACUCUUUGUGAAAGACGAUUGAUAUAUUGAUUCCAAAUAAAUUUCGAGCUAAAAAAUUGAGCAUUGUGAAUCUAGAAAUGGUCACAAUUUGAAAAAAAAAAUCAAGCAAACCACGUUAAUGGUUUAUGAAUAUCAUAGUUUUGAUAUUAAUAUCUAGAAUAAAAUAAUUCAUUCUAAAAUUACAUAAUCUUUGGUACGAAUAUUUGUGAUGAAACGCUAACACCAUUAUUACAUUAUUUUGUAUAUCUAAUUACCCUUUGCGUUGAUUGUUAGCUAGCAAUUGCAAGCCCAGUAUAGUUUCUAGCUAAUAUAUUAUAGUUAUGGUUCUGCCUUAUUUUAAAUCAGCUACAAGUGGUUUAUGUCAUCAUAAACAAUUUUAGCAAAGUUUUAUGUUUAUGGUAUCUUAUACUCUCACGCAACUUUGUAAUAUAAUUUGGAAAGGGGGAGAAAACAUUCAUACUUGAUAUUAAACUAUGUGUCUAACGAAUCUUUUAGGUCCGAUAUAUCAUUGGAAUUUAUAGAGCUCAUUGUGUGUUUUCCAAUUCCUGGCAAACGAAAAGAAUAUGUAAUUAAAAAAAAGUUUAAUAAAUUUUGCAUUUAGAAAUGCCUUCCAUGUCUCGUGCGAUUGGAGAGACUUAUCAACGUUAAAAGGGAGUGGAUAUCCAGUAAUAAAUUAUACACAACUGCGCUCGCCCCAAUGGUCGCACUAUCAUCAUAUUAGACCUACCCCUUAAGUGUUUUAUUACUCAUUGUCAGUGAAACACUGAUACCUAGCCUAAAACCAUUUUCUGGGGGGGGGGGGGGUUAAUUACAU